GUUCUAAUUCUAAUGUUCUAAGGAAUUUUUUGUUGAUUUGUCUUUGGAAUUGUAUUGUCCUUCAAGAAAGUGUCGCGGAACUUUUGAUAUCUUUACAACUGUAUCUACAAACUCACCCUAUACAAAUACAAUAAUACAUAAUACAUGUGUACAAUUACAACAAUAGAGGGAUUUCGGAAAUCGGACAAUUUGAAGUGCUAGUGUUCUUCCUGUGAAACGAAAAUGAAAAUGUGCCGAUGAACGAAUGGAACAAGAAGGUGACAACGAACAUAUAAACCCAUGAUUCCAGCUCAUUCCUGAAAAAAAAGUUAUGAAACAUAGACCAGAAUGGCGGCCACGGAAGACUCCCCUGAAAAAUUAAGUAAGAGUGAGGAUGGCUGCGAAGGAGACGGUGGAAGGGGGAGCCGGGCCGGGGGGAGGGGACGCGAGCCCCCCAGAUGGGGGUGCUCGGGCGUGGACGAUCGUCUUGGCGAGUUUCCUGUGCAACGGUCUAGCUUUUGGAGUCAUCAACUCCGGCUCCUUCAUCAACGACAAGCUCCGAUCCAAAUAUGAAGCCAGCGGCAUGUCCGAGCCCGCCCUCAAAGCCUCCCUUGUAACAUCAUUGUGUAUGGGAGCAACUUUUUUCCUCUCACCAAUUGCUGGGAUCUUGACGGACCGAAUUGGGAUCCGCCUAACCACUUUUAUUGGUGGAACGUUGGCAGCUGGAGGAGUCUUUCUAUCUUCUUUUCUCACUGAACAGUUUUAUUUGCUCUGCCUCACUUAUGGAAUCAUGUUUGGAGUCGGUGCCUCUCUGACAUACACUCCUUCACUAGCCAUCCUGGGGCAAUAUUUUAAAAGAAACCUAGACAUAGUAAAUGGAAUUGUAACUGCUGGUAGCUCAGCCUUCACAAUGCUCAUGUCAUUUCUCCUUCCAUUCCUGCUGAGUACUUUUAAACUUAAUGGUGCACUAAGAUUUAUUGCACUAAUGAUGUGUUUGUUCAUGGUUUGCUCCUUUGCUUUCAAACCAAACAAAGCAGUCAUCAAGAAAGAAUUGAGCUUAUCAAAAGAACUCCUUUAUCUAGUCAAUCGUGAUAUAUGGAAGAAUAAAAAAUAUGUGAUAUGGCUUUUACUUAUUGCAUUUUCUUUACUUGGCUACUUUGUCCCGUACCUGCAUAUGGCAUCAUUCAUCAAGAAGGAAUUCCCUGAUAAUAGAGAUGAUACUAAGAUAGUGAUAACAUGUAUAGGAAUAACUUCUGGUGUUGGUCGUCUCAUUUUUGGAGCCAUCGCUAGUUUGAAGUGGGCCAAUAGAAUUGUUCUACAACAAAUCUCCUUCUUCAUGAUCGGUGUUGCCACAAUUGCCAUGCCGUUUGUUCCUCACUUUAAUUGGCUCAUAGGAAUGGCGUUCCUUUUUGGGCUUUUCGAUGGUUGCUUUAUCAGUCUUCUCGGACCGAUUGCAUUCGAUUUUUGCGGUCAGUCAGGAGCUGCCCAAGCAAUCGGAUUCUUGUUAGGUUUAUGCUCUGUGCCAUUAACGUUGGGACCCACUGUUGCAGGGUACCUUUGUGAUCUUAAUUACUCUUACACCUUUAUUUUUAUUGUGGCGGGCAUCCCUCCUAUUAUUGGAUCGAUAGCCUUAACACUCACUAGAUUUGUAGAUUCAUCGAAUGAAGAACAGACUGUCCCUGAGCAAGAAAGACUGACAAAAUACAAAGUAACUGGAGACAUCGUAAGAAACCAAAAUAGUGAAGAGGCCCUCUCUCCAUAAUAAACUGAAAUAUUUUAACAUCUUGAUGGUAUUUUACUUGAAUUGACAAUGAUUAUUUUCAUCAUGGUGUACAUCGAAAUGACGGUUCUCCUGACCCAUCAGAUUUUGAAAGGUCGGAAAGCAGAAACUAAGCAUUCCUUCAGAAUCCUGCCUCAUUUCAUUGAUCUCUAGAAUCUGGAUCAUGAAGCUCAAAUUAGAGUGGAACUACUUCUCAACCAACAUCACAUAAGCUUAAUUUGUUCAGAAAUAUUAAUAAUCAAUUGCUUCCCUUUUUUGAGAUAUCUGUACUGAAUUCUGUUUUUAACACUCGUAUAAGUGUAAAUUUUAAUGUUACUUUUACAAAUUUUUUAAUCGAAAAUGUUAAAUUUUACUAUCACUGCAUAAUUUUAUUCGAUGGAGUCAUAGUUUUACGAAUGGAUAUUGUGGUUCUUAUCAUUAGUUCCAUAAAUUAUAUUUUAAUUUCUAGACUUUUAACAAUUCAAUGAAUUAUUGUACUCAUGAUAUAUUUUAGCUGAGCUUUCCAUAGUUUCUUCACAAGUUUUUACUUUUAAGUACCUAGACUCGUACAUUUUCACACAUGAUAGUCAGGGAAUAAAAUUAUUUUUUGUCAGUAUUUUUUUCAGGAGCAAAAUACCUUAUUCUCCUUUUCAGGGAUUUUGAAUUAGUGUAAAGAAUAGUAAAACAUGGACCAGAAACAGACUAAAUUUUAAAUGUAGAACUGGUAAACCGAUUAUCACAAACUAGAAAAUUAUUGUUGUCACGCUUUUUGGUAGAUCAUCGCAGAUUUUGUUCAUGGUCUAAGAACUCUUAAAAAUACAGACAUCCACAGUCCCAGUCCCUGAGGUAGCUACUGCUUCAGCAAAUUAUGUAUUCAGCAUGUUCAUAGCGUGUCCUUAAAACUAAGGUCUUCCACCCUGAAAAUAGCAAAAUACAAUGAUAGUCAAAUCAAAUUUCUGUUGUAUGUGGUUGAAGGAAUCUGGUGAAAAGCAAAAUACAAUGAUAGUCAAUUCAAAUCUCUGUUGUAUAUGGUUGAAGGAAUCUGGUGAGAUGCCUCAAGCUUGUGAGGUGGAAUUUUGGAAUUUCACCUCGCAAAAAUUUCUUCCAUAAAAUGUUCAGGGGAAGUUCCUGCAUCCUAUACUCAUCAGGUAAUGAUGUGUCUCUAGGGAAGAAUCCUUGCUUUUGAAGCAAUAUUUUAAUCGAUCCAUUUUAUUUCCAGUCAUCGAGUCUGAAGUCAUAUGUAUAAUCAUGGAGACAAUUGAUAAUUGUUGUGCUAUAAACUUUUAUAUUCAGUUUCCUUCGAGGAA